AUGUCAUGGAAUCAUAGAACCAGCUCCUCACCGUUCAUCCUUGUGGGUGUCCCCAGCCUGGAAUCUUUCCCCACCUGCCUGGGCAUCCUUUUCUGCUCAGGCUAUAUCAUCUCCUUGGUAGGAAAUGGUGUAGUUCUGCUUGUCAUUGGGAUGGACAACUCCCUGCGUGACCCCAUGCAUUACUUCCUGGGCAUGCUGGCAGUCAUCGAUGUGGUGAUGGUGACAUCCAUUGUCCCCAAGAUGUUGAGCGUAUUCUGGCUGAAUUCUGCUGAGAUAGGUUACACAGCCUGCUUUGUUCAGAUGUUCCUUGUUCACUCCACAACAUCAGAGGAGUCGGGAGUGCUUCUGGCCAUGGCUGUUGACCGCUACUUUGCAAUUUGUCACCCCCUUAGGUACCAAGCCAUCUUGAAUUGCCAAACAGUUGCAGAAAUAGGCCUGGCCAUUGUGGUGAGAGCUCUGCUUUUCAUGGUCCCCUUGACAGGGAUGGUGGCAAACCUCCCCUAUUGCCACUCCCGUGUGGUUCCCCAUUCGUACUGCGAGCACAUGGCCGUGGCGAAGCUGGCGUGCGCAGACCACAGGCCUUGCAGUCUUUACAGUGUGACUGGGUCCUCUCUUAUCGUAGGGAUGGACAUGGCUUUCAUUGCUGUGUCCUAUGGGAUGAUCCUUAAAACUGUCCUGAGGAAGAAACCACGCUGGAAGGCCUUCAGCACCUGCGGGUGCCAUAGCUGCGUGAUGCUGCUGUAUUACAUCCCUGGGAUAGUCUCCAUCUAUGCACAGCAGUUCAACAGCAGUGUACCCAUGCAUGCACAGGUUCUGCUGGCAGAUCUCUACCUGAUCCUUCCCACCAUGCUGAACCCCAUCGUUUACAGCAUGAAGACCAAACAGAUCCGUCGGGCAGCACUCAAAAUGCUAUUUUCCAGGAAGGUUCAUACCUGA